AUGGAUACCAAGAAGUCAUCUUCUUCCUCAAAACCAUCACACAAGCAAGUAGAAUGCACAGCCAUCUAUCUCUACACCCUCUUCUCCUUCUUCUUUCUUCUCACCUUUCAGUCUCUCACCAUUACAAACACUAGCACCACCACUACCACCUCCUUCUCUUAUCAUCCCUUAAACUUCCACCCUCUGAAAGACACAAAGAUACCACCUUACAAACACCCAAACAAGACAUGGUUCAUGAGCACACUCAGUGGGAAAGCCAUCAAUGGAAUGCCUGAACAUUUUGUCUUCCCCUCUGAUCAUCAACAUCCAAAAAACAACAACAAGAUCCUAUGCAUAAGUCCAAGAAACAAGUCUUAUGCUUUCACCACUGAUCAUCACUUGCCUGAAAACAGUACUGCAGUGCUUCCAGGGCUAACCUUCAUUGCUGAUAGCUUUUAUGACUAUGAGAACCCAUGGCAUGGGAUGAAUGCAGUGGCUGGUUUCUUUGCAUGGAUGAAAGAGAAUGAGUGCAAGAAGCCAAGUAGGUUUCUGUUGUUCAAGAAUGGAGAGGUGGUGAAGAGAGUGGGGAGUUGGGUGUAUAACUUAAUGAAGGUUGGUUUGGGAGAAGAAGUGGUGUUGGAGAGGUUGGAAGGGAGCAAUACUGAUCAUAGAGAUCACAUUGUGUGCUUUGAGAAGGUGGUGAUGAUGAGGAGAGGACUUGGAGGGAUGUCAGGGAUGAUGAGACAUGGAUUGUUUGAGAUGUUGAGGUGCAAAGCUUGGAGGUAUUGCAAUGGAAGUAAUAGUGGAAAUGGGAGGAGAGGGAUGAUAAAGAUAAGUUUGGUUGGGAGAGAAGGGAAGAAGAGAGGGUUUAAAGAUGAGAAUGGAGUGAAGUAUGUGAUGAAGAAGGAGUGUGAUAAGUUGGAUGGUUGUAGCUUCAGUUUCAUUCGUUUCACUUCUAAUAUGAGCUUUUGUGAUCAGGUGAGAAUUAUGAGGAACACAAACAUCUUGGCAACAACACAUGGAGCUCAACUCACAAACAUGAUGUUCAUGCAGAAAGGAAGUAGUGUUAUGGAGAUGUUUCCGACCGGGUGGCUCGAAGCCGCCGGCGUGGGACAGUUCAUCUACCAUUGGUUUGCGAGUUGGUCGGAAAUGAGACAUGAAGGAGCAUGGAGAGACAACAAUGGCUUCAAUUGCUCAGGCACACCUUUUAUCAACAAAACUAGAUCAGCAUGUUUUGCCAUGCAAAAAGAUCAACAGGUUGGUGUCAAUGUGACUUACUUGGCUUCUUGGCUUACUAAAGUCAUACACCAUCAUAUCAAUAGUACUAGACUUGUUGAUGAAUCGAUGUCUCAUAAGAGUUCCAUGCCUUGUUCUUGUGAUUAA